AGUUCAAAAUGUCCGAACAUUUCUCUUCCAACUCUAAAACUCAUGAUCCAGAGAGUCCCGAUCAAGAAACAGAUAAGUCUGAGAAUCCAAGAGAUUCUCAAAACACGACAACACCAUCUCCUGACUCCUCAAAAAGCAUUCCAACUGCAAACGGAAAAGGUGGUCCAAACGAUCUGCGGAACAAGAAUAAAAAACGAAGACUGAGGAAGUACCUUACUAAAGAUGAAGGUUAUUACUCAACGUCAAGUACACCUAAAUCAUUAGCAGCCCAUAAAGUAGUUCUACUUUCUGGGACUAGUGUGUCGACCCUUCCGGGUCAAGUAAGCGCAACGGACAGUCGGAAACUUCCAGACCUGGCGGACGGUACGUUGACCGAGAAUGCCUCAGAGGAUGGAGAAGGAGAUGACCGCCCGACAUGGGGGAAAAAAGCCGACUUUCUACUUUCCAUCAUAGGCUUUGCUGUGGACUUAGCGAAUGUAUGGCGAUUCCCUUACCUGUGCUAUAAGAAUGGGGGAGGUGUGUUUCUUAUUCCCUAUCUUCUGAUGCUCGUGUUUGGAGCAAUGCCUCUGUUUUACAUGGAACUUGCACUUGGCCAAUACAACCGUUUGGGCCCCAUCAGCGUUUGGAAGAUUUGUCCACUUUUUAAAGGUGUCGGAUACUGUGCAGUCCUAAUUUCCUGGUAUGUGUCCUUCUACUAUAACGUCAUAAUUGGCUGGACCGUGUACUUCAUCUACAAGUCCUUCAGCUCUGAGCUUCCCUGGAUGAAAUGUGGGAACGAGUGGAACACAAACCUUUGCUCGACUGGAGGUCUUCCAAAUUCCAGUGACGUCAAUUCUACGGAUCUAAAUGUGCUGAACAAAACAUCGCCGGCACUUGAGUUUUUCGAUCGGGAAGUUUUGGAGGUUCAUCUGAGUACCGGGUUUCACGACUUGGGCGCCCCCAGGUGGCAGCUUGUAAUUUGCGUCUUUAUUGUAUUUCUUAUACUUUAUUUGUCGCUGUUCAAAGGAGUAAAAUCAUCAGGAAAAGUUGUAUGGGUCACAGCGACCGCCCCCUACAUCAUACUUACCAUCCUCCUUCUUCGUGGCGUUCUCCUACCAGGUGCCAUCAACGGAAUGAACUAUUACCUCCGCCCAGAUGUACACAAGCUUCUAGACUCGCAGGUGUGGAUCGACGCGGCAGUGCAGGUGUUCUACUCUGUUGGGGUGGGGUUUGGAGUCCACCUCACCUACGCUUCGUACAACAAGUUCCACAAUAACUGCUACAGGGGUGGUGGAUAUACGAUGUAUUGGUUCGAUACCUACUCAGCAGGAAUCUCUUUGCUGUGCUCUGCAUUAUUGGAAGCCAUUGGAGUAGCGUGGUUCUAUGGGUUAGCAAAUUUUUGCGAGGAUAUACAUGAAAUGCUUGGCUUUUCCCCGGGCCUUUUCUGGAGACUAUGUUGGAAGUUCAUUAGCCCUUUCUUUCUUGUGGCUGUAAUAGCGUCAGCAGUCGCCACCAACGCUCCGCUAGUCUAUCAUAACUACAGAUUUCCUGGCUGGGCUGUAGCUCUUGGAUGGUCCUUCGCUCUCUCCUCUGUUACCAUGGUUCCCGUGGUAGCUUGCUACAAACUGUUCAAAGCACGUGGUACUUGUACAGAGAGGCUUGCAAAAGUGAUUACUCCGGAGCAAGAACUCGAACAGCAAACAGAUAAGGUGGUGGUCAAUCAAUUCCAUCUAAGUCACUGGGUGUACGUGUAGACGGCGAGGACUUUUGUCGCCAAGUGGGAGUCUUGUCUCUACCCAAGAAUCCUAAGAAGCAAAUCUAACGCUAUUUCUACCCCUACACGACACAAUUAUUCACCGUUUCGAAGUAACAGAAAAAUGAAAAGAGUAUUCCAUAAAAGGGCCAGUGCUGACUUGAGGUGGAUUCUUCUAAUGUAACGUUCCUGCUUCGAAAUCAGCUUUUGAGCUGACAAAGAUGUACAGAAUUUUCGUCGUGCAUCUGAACUAAAUGAUGUAUUGGCUUAUGUAUGUUAGAAAGUGACAAUACUGAACAGUUUUCUCCCGCUGUUUAGGUUUACGUUUAUUUUUCAAAGUUCUCAGAAUAUCAGUGAUUGAAUUAUCAGCUAUGUAAUUCAACGCAAAUGACUUGAAUACACUCACGAGACGAGGACCGAAUUUUUCUUUUAAGAGUGGACUGUUGCUGAUAAUAAAGCAGAAACAGUGACUAGCAGCUUGACGGAUGCAGAUUUCAAGAAGUAUCGAACUACACAAAACGGAAGAGUUAUAGAUAUGUUCCAAUUCAUUGGUACACGUUUUGUAAAAUUGAGGAAUAACGACUGUAUAAGGAAAGAAGUUGUAUGUUGUGUCUGUGUUGUGCCGUAUCGUAUGUGUUACAGGGAUUUAUGACCACCGAGAAACUUAGUCUUUUUUUGUAAAGAAAAAAAGUAUUGUGUUGUAUUAUAUGUUCAAGUAACUUUUUGUAUCACAGUGUGGCGGUCAUGUUAGGCUUAGUUUGGUUGUAUCAGUAUGUUUCACGUUCGAACAGAAUUAUCUUAAUGUAUGUAGGAAAACUAUAGUAUUUUGUGUGAGUUAGUAUCUAAAAACGUAGCGUGGUGUAAUUAUGAAGUUGAUAAAAUAUUACCCUUUAUCUAUUUAAGCGACCGUCUACCUCUCUGUUGAGCUAGCCACCUAGCGGCUUAGUUCUGUAAUAACGGGUAGUAUCACGUUAGAUGUACCCUUGAUGUAUAUGUGUUCUUAAGAUAACCGUUAAGAAACUCGAGUGUUUUCGUGACAUGAUAAAUGUAGCCUUUACUAUCAUGUAGCACAAGUUGUUUUGUUUGGAAGUUAAAUCAGUUGUGAUUUCUCAGUGUGAAUAUAAUAACAUAAACACAUUCACAUGCGCGACUUAUUGGGUUCCACGUUUUGUUUUUCAAAAAGUUUCAACCACUCCUUUCUAGGGUUUAAUUUUAUUACUUCACCAACUAUUAUUGUAGCUCAUCUGUAAUUCAAUAUUUUCUUCAGCAUAGAUUGAAACGAUUGAAUUUUCUGAAACUUUUGUAUGAGCUAUUAAAAGUUUUGAGCCAAUGAAUGUGUAUAAUUAAUCUUAUUUGAAAGUGUUAUAUUGCUAUGUCUUCUUCGGCACUAUGUAUGUAUUAUUGAGAAAAGGAAAUUCUGAAGGUGUUAUAUUGAUAUGUCUUCUCCGGCACUAUGUAUGUAUUAUUGAGAAAAGAAAAUUCUGAAGGUGUUAUAUUGAUAUGUCUUCUCCGGCACUAUGUAUGUAUUAUUGAGAAAAGGAAAUUCUUUGACAGCUUGUGUUUAAUAUUAUGUGGUUGGAUGUAUUAAAAGUUACUGUGAGUUA